GCACCCUGUACCAGGGCCUCCCCACCCUCAGAGAGAAGAAUUUCUUCUUUAUAUCUGGCCUAAACCUGCCUCUGACAGUUUAAAGUCAUUAUCUCUCAUCCUGUCACUGUCUGCCCAGAUAAAAAAAAUCCUUCUCCCACCUAAAGCACUGGAAGGCUGUAAAAUCUGGCGCUCGUGCAAGGGAAGAAAGGACCCUGAGCAAUUUGGAUGAAAAAAUGAAGGCAAAAGUUUAAAGGUUCCAUACCUCACUUUAUGGAUUAUCCCCAUACAGUUAUUCAGUUACCAGCUUGGCUGGAAUCAGGAAAUGCUCAGAAAACUUGUCUCCAAAGCACACUUCAUACUGGGGUAACAUCACAGUGCAGAACCCGUGGGAUUCCCAAGCUACCCAGGAGCUGCUGAGAUGCUCAGGAACAUCACAGAUGAAACACACCUUGCCCUCGGCCCCCAGGAAUCCCAGGAACACAGGGAAGAGGGCAGAACCUUAUAAGAAGUGUUUUGGAGCUGGGAGAGGAGCAGGGCACUGUGGUCCUUUGCCACACGGUGGCAUGGGCUGAUGUUAAAUCAGCUCCAGCCAGGAAAGGUCUGGGCAGACCUGGGGCAGCAGGCUCAGCUUCCCUGGAGCUGUUCCUUCAGUGUCAGGCUCCAAUUCAGCGCGGUAGCCUUAGACAGACUCACUGUGCUCCCAGGAUCAUCGCUCGACCCCAAGCCACGCUUCUGGGAAAACAAGAAGUUUCCCUUUGCCCUUUUCACCCCUGGAGUUUUUCUCACCAAGAGCUCCUUUCCAUGGCUGUUUCUGGGAGUCUGCACUUCAUGGACAGCCUCACCAAGUUUUCUGCUGGUUCUGUUCAUUCUUGGAAGUAAAAACCCCGUACAAUUCAAAACACAACAUUUCUGAGCAUUCCAGGAGCACAGAUUUCUCUGUGUCAUGGUCCUGAGGGGUUGUCCCCACUCAGCUUCUGACAGAAACAGCCUUGCCCCCUUUGCAGCACUGCACAGGCACAAGUGUUUGUGCAGCUGCACCACGAGCCCAACCAAGGACACACUGUGGUAAACCUCAUCUUCUUCCUUAUUUCGGACAAAAAAUGAGCAAAGCCAGCAUUUAUCUUCAUGCCUUUGUGGUUGCAUUUCUACAACAAAACAAAGAAAGCUUUGUGCUUUCUUCUACAAAUUUUACAAAUUCUUUGUGAAGCAUACAAAAGAUUGUUUAUUCGUGUAAUUAUGUAAAGAGAAACACAAAUUUCGGGAACAGAUCACAUGGUGUGAUCACAGCCAUGCUCAGCCUUCCACCCCAAGCCAGCCAAACCCUAAACACAUGAGAAUGAUAAUUGAUGGCAAAGGCACAAAUCUCACUCUGUGGGACUGAACACUUAACAUGUGCUCUGCAGUUCAUGUAAAAAAUGAAACUUGUGAAUUUUAAUAACAUCUUCUCAUAGGCACAUAGAGAGAAAUCCUAUUCAGAUCUUUUAGAGGAAGACAGAAGGAAGAAUCACAAAACCUUCUUAACUUUUUUUAGUUUAUGAACCAAUAUAAUUGUAGAAAUAUGUUAUGCUGCCAAAAAUCAAGACAUUUAAGACACUUCAGUACUAAUGGGACUGACACAUUUUAAGAAAAGAAAAACCCUCUCUCCUUUGUGAUACCUCCUUCAGCUUAGCAGAAGGGAGCAACAGAAUUCUUUUCUGCAUUUCCACAAAGUUCCCAAACCUGUCUUUGCCUUUAAAAAAAUGUAAAUCAGAAAUAUGUAAACUCUGCUAGUGUUUAAGUAAUUUAUAUACUAUGGACACUAAUUCCAGGUGUUAAUGUAUUAAUGUGGCUAACGAGACAGACAAAGAAUACUGCCGAAAAUCUGCAAGUACUUUGAAAACCACACCUUAGACUUCCCAAGCGUGUUAGCAGGCACUCGUUCCAAUAACACCCUGCUGACUCUCGGACAGAUGUUCCAGCCCAGCCCACUGAUGUGUGCAGAGGUUUAUGGCUCUCACUUCUCCUUUAAUCAACGACUGUAUAUUCAACUCCAGGAUUAAAAUAAACCAUUACGAACCUAUUCUGCUCUGCAUCCAAGACCUAAAUGCCUUUCAUGCCUAUCAAAAUACUUUAGCUAAGCCUCUCAAAGCCCCGACUGAUGUCUGUGUGGCAUCUCCUCCAUAAAAUCCCUACCGAGUUUUAACACAUUGAUGGUGCAGGGGGAUGCAGCUGAAACCUUCGGGGUGUCAGUGCACCUAUAGGCACCAUUCACCUGGAAAACAUGGUCAUUUGGACAUUUUCAUUUAAUUUCCCGACCUCCGACCACUAAAAUCCAAUGGCCCACAAUUAAACAUUAAACCGUGUCAGUAAAACAGCAUGAAAAUACAGACACACCCAAACACAGACACGCAAACACACACACAGAGACACAUUCCUGCCCCAGACCCUCAGCUGCCGUUCUCUUUCCCCGCUCCCGCCUCUCCCGAAUCCGCUCCCAGCCCUCCCCUGCAUCCCUCUCCUGCUUCCCCUGCUCCUGCCCUCCCCGAUCCCGCAUGCGCGCUCCCCGCACACCGCCGAGCCCGAUCCCGCCUCUCGCGGUCUAGCUUUUUCCCUGCCCCGCCGGUCCCGAUCCUGCUGCUCCUGACCCCGCUCUUCCCGAUCCUGACCCCGCCGUCCCGGUCCCGCCUCCCCUGUCCCCGGUCCCUCCCCGCGCAUGCGCAGCGGGCACAGCAGUGCCGGCGGAGCGGCGCGAGCGGCCCUGCAGGUACUGCAAUAGCUGCAGGAGUUUUGCUGCAAAAUGAGCAACCAUACUCCUCGCUGAUAGAGAGCAGUGUGUAUCUGGCAAAUAUGAGUUCAGGGAGCUCGAGGCGCCCCACGGCCAAGUACACGAAGGUGGGAGAGCGGCUGCGCCACGUCAUCCCUGGGCACAUGCAGUGCUCCAUGGCCUGCGGCGGCCGUGCCUGCAAGUACGAGAACCCUGCGCGCUGGGCCGAGCAUGAGCAGGCUCUCAAGGGCCUCUACUCCUCCUGGAUAACAGAUAACAUCCUGGCUAUGGCUCGACCCUCAACAGAACUAAUUGAAAAGUACAACAUUAUUGAGCAGUUUGAAAGAUGUGGCAUAAAAUCCAUAAUUAACCUUCAACGUCCUGGGGAGCAUGCGAGCUGUGGGAACCCCCUGGAGCAGGAGAGCGGCUUCACCUACCUUCCUGAAGCCUUUAUGGAGGCUGGCAUUUAUUUUUAUAAUUUUGGAUGGAAGGAUUAUGGAGUGGCAUCUCUCACGACUAUCCUUGACAUGGUAAAGGUGAUGUCUUUUGCCCUGCAGGAGGGGAGGGUGGCUGUUCACUGCCAUGCAGGACUUGGGAGGACAGGUGUUCUAAUAGCUUGCUACUUAGUUUUUGCCACCAGAAUGAGUGCUGACCAAGCAAUUCUGUUUGUCAGAGCCAAAAGGCCCAAUUCCAUCCAGACACGGGGGCAGCUGCUGUGUGUCAGGGAGUUCUCCCAGUUCCUGGUCCCCCUCCGCAACGUCUUUGCGUGCUGCGAGCCCAAGGCACAUGCAGUCACCCUGUCCCAGUACCUGACCCGCCAGAGGCACCUGCUCCACGGCUACGAGAGCAGGCACCUCAAGCACGUGCCAAAACUCAUCCACCUGGUGUGCAAGCUGCUGCUGGAUAUGGCUGAGAACAGACAGGUGGUAGAGGCAGAGCUGCUGGACAUCCCAGACCUCUCAGCUGAGAUUGAGAAGACCGUGUCCCAGCUGGAAUCCACGGAGCUUGAGCGGGAUCUGGCCAGGCACGACAGCGACGCGUCGGACUCGUCUCACACCCACUCCUCUGCUCUCGACACCCAGGACUCGCACUUCUCCCUGGGACAUGAAUGUGAUUCCUUUUGUAAAAGAAGGAAUGUCGAAUGCCUUCAGCCUCUUACUCAUCUGAGAAGGCGUCUGAGCUACAGUGAGUCAGACCUAAGGAGAACUGAGUUUCUUUUAGAACAGGAUGACACUGCCUGGACAGUGCCUGCUCAGAUCUUAGUGAACAACAAAGUCAAGCAGAAUAGUGGGGAGGAAAGUUCUGACACAGGUGAGGCAAAGCCACAGCUGGAGUUAAACAAAGAAGCAUUAGUGCGUAACACGUGCAUGUUCUGGAGUCAAGGGAGAUUUAGUUUGGAUGGACGAAGGGAUGGCUCCUAUCACAGAAGGAACUCUACCAAAGAAGUACAACGCAGCAGGACCUUUUCCUCAGGCCUCGCAUCCAUCCACCAUCCCAAGGAACCUGAGAUGGUGAGGCACAGCUUUGCCAACGAGACUGCUCACAGGAAAGACCACAAGACCAAUAUAUAUGGCAGGAGAGUCUAUCUCUCCGAAGACUCUGACUCUUCUUCUUCCUCUUCCAAAGUGAACUUUUCCAUUGGAUAUGAAAGCCAGGGUAGUAGGGAGGUGUCAGAGACAAUUCCACACAUUGUUCUGCAGUCAGAAUUAAGUUUGGAAGCCCGAAGAGUUUUGGCAGCCAAAGCACUUGCAGAUAUAAAUGAAUUUCUGGGAGAGGAUGAAGUGAAGCAGAAGGUAGAAAUGUGGCAGAAAGAACUGAAUUCUCGAGAUGGAGCUUGGGAUAAAAUCUGCACCGAGAGAGAUCCUUUCAUCCUCUGCAGCUUGAUGUGGUCAUGGAUAGAGCAGCUGAAAGAACCUAUUAUAUCCAAAGAUGAUAUUGACAUGCUGGCAAAAAAUUGCACAGAAUCCCAGGAUGCACUCCACUUGCUGAGAAAGGAGCAGUAUCAGACCAUCCUUUGUAUUUUACACUGUGUGGUGAACCUGCAAGUGCUGCCAGCUGAUGUGGAGGAGGCCUUACUUGCUCGUGCUAUUAAAGCUUUCACUAAGACAAGCUUCAAUUCUGAGAAUGGGCCAUAUGUUUACAAUACCUUGAAAACUGUAUUUAAACAAGCACUGGAAGAAAAAAGGAAAAGGAGUAAAGAAGGACUAGAGAAUCCUUCUUGAUUUCUACACAGCUCUGCCGAAGCAUUAGAUGGGCCUACAAAAUUAUUUUGCAUUUUCCAGACACUGUAUUUUGUUCUACCUGGCAUGAUCUACCUAACUUUAGGUCAUAGAAGUUCUUAACAAAUAAUUUUAUUUUUUUAGAGGGAGUGUUAGUGGCAGUUGUUCAGUCUCCAUAGCUUCAAAGAAGAGCUCCAUGUGACCAUUCUCUGUAGCAUUUUGUUCCAGGUACAGGUUUUUUAUCUUGCGAAGUGUUCUCCUGUUCUCAGACGUGUUUAUUGAUUUAGAAACCUCUGUUAUGGGCAAGAAGCAUUCUUUUCAAGUCAUGCGAUUGCCAUAAGUUCAGUGCCAUGAUCCCCAAAGGUUUAAUGGAUUGAGUUAAUAUUUAUGUAUUACAUAUGUUUAUAUUAAUAAUAUUUGAUUUCACUUUGCAGAAAAUAAAUACUGACUGAACCUGUGAAACUGCUUUUGCUUUCAGAAAUUUUGAAGUAAGACCAACAUUAAUAAUGGAUAGAUUGACAGAUCUUGAGAUCUGUUAUUGGCAGCAGACAAUAUUUUUCCUUCAGAUCUCUUACAUAAUUGUAGCCAAAGUAUUUCUAGAAGGUGUUGCAGUAGAGAAAUGCACUGUAUUGAGCAGUAGUCAUCAAGCCCUAAUUCAGACUUUUUUUGGCUGAGAAAGCUUCAAACUGUUUUUAACAGAAAAUUGAUUGAGGCAUUUUAAGUGCUUUGAAUAAGAGUAAAAUUUUACUUUAUUAAUUAAACUUCUAUUGCUCUUAAGUGAAAAAACACUUCAUAAAGAAAUCUUCAUAAGGAUAUGAUUCUGUCCAUACUUACAUCCAGCAAAUACUUGCAUAAAGAAGUGUGAUAUAAUAAUGCUAAAAACCCGUUAAUCAAAACCUUACUAGCUGCAAUAUACUUUGCAGAAUCAUCUUUAUCUAAUAAAACAGAAACAGCUGGGUCAUCAUCCUAACACAGUUUUGGAUUACAGACUUAGGAUCUGGACUUGAAUGCCAGUUUGCAGAAUGAGCAGUUCAUCCAGUUUGAUAGAUUUAAGUAGUUAAACAAGAAUCUAUCCUUUUCAGAAAUAUUUUUAUUCAUUUCUGUAAAUGACUAACAUUUAGAGUUAAAAAUAGACCAGUUUGAAAUACAGGUAAUUUAUACAUGCCUCAAUUGUUGGAUGAUUUUAUAUCAAAUUCAAAUGAAAACAGCUACUUUGGUAGAAUCAUCCUAAAAUAGGCACCCUUCAAAGGAAAAUAUCACAUGUGAAUCACAAACAAAAUCCAGCUUUGCAAAGAGGCAAGGCACACAAGAGGCAGUUCCGUGUUAGCAUUAGCAGUCAGACUAAGUCAAAUACCAUGUUCUAAUCUACUAAAUGCUCCUUCUUCCGUGUCUGCUUUGGUGCUCUUCUAUCUCACACACCCAAGAGAUUCACAUACUGCAGCCCUGAGUUAAGUUUUUGCAACAUUGAAAUGGCUGUGGUCGGUACCAUUGCUGGGGAUAAAUUACUAGAGAACUAAAGAAAAUGUGUGCACCACCCCAGGCUGGACUUGAAUAGGCACAGGAAUUUUGGAAAGAUGAGAACAAGGUAGCAGACCAAAUAGAACAAUGUAAAAAUCAACUGAAAAUAAAAGGAGGAAACGGUAAACGA